ACGAAAGUCAAGCCAAGAUUACAAAAUUGAAUGAAAAAAGGCUGUUUUGUGCCAAAUUCGUGAUCCCGUGUCAUCAUUUGUGCCCUAUAAAAGACGCCACGAGGCCAUUAAGAUCACAUAUAGAUUUAUUGGGCUUCUAGUGCAGACAUAAAGAAAUACCAAUUCAGUCUUCGAAAUGGCAAGCUGUUAUUUAAUUUCUGCGCUCGCAAUUUUGGCAAGUUUUUGCCUGAUAGAAUCGGCAGUCAUCAACGAAAUGCCGACGGUAUACGAAGAAAUUAUUACAGAAGAACAAGAUAACAUGUUCACAGAAGACUGGAAAAAUGCGUUCGAUAACGAACAACUUCAAAACCAGCCUAAAUGGACGCCUGACGAAGACCAACCUAAAGACGACAGUUAUGAAGUUAGAAAUUACGACCCAGCGUGGUGGGUGACAUCUUUUGUGCCCUGCCUCAACCAAACUGUGGCUUCGUCGUACGGUUAUCUCAAACUGUACCUUUACAUGAACAAAGCAAACGACCAACACAUGGAAUUCAACUUGACUUACCCUAUCUUGAAUAAAGUUGAUAUGCAAUUCAACGCCCAAUACAUUGAUGAAGAUAAAAAGGGUAGAAAUCCAUGUCCAGAUAGAUAUUCCGUUAACUUAUAUCUCCCGUAUGAGUCUGACGACGAAUACUACAUUGACGACACCCCUCCUAACGGCCAAGAUGAAAUAGUAACCACUUCGAAAUCACAGCUCAGAACUCGCUACGUGCUCCCUUACGAGGACGAAUUUACCAUCGAAAGUCUGGAAAACUGUAACGAGCAAGCCAAAGAUUUUGGAGAACGACUGAAAGAAGAUGGAAAGAAUGUCAACGUUAACUCGUACCAUUGCGCUAUGUACGAGCCCGACAAGCAGGGCGUCGUUCGCUUCGAAGUUUGGUUCGAUGACAUCGACCAAUAAAAAACUAUGAUGUGAUAAUUUCAUCUAUUUUACUGUUACUUCACAAUUGCAUCUCUUGUUAAAGCAAUUAUGACCAAAUAAAAAAUUGCGAAUUAAAGAUUAUGUCACAAACAUGUCUGGAAAGUUAAUUAUUGAAACACAAAUGUCUAGCCGGAAACAAUUGAACUGCCGUGCACAACGCCAAUUCAGUGGUAUUAUUGAUGGCCGCUAAAUUGACAGAGAAAAGUUUAUGCGUGAACACAUGACGUAAGCUGACGCAGCUUCCAAAAACUCGCUAAAAUAUGACUGUUUGGGCGACAAACCAAUACUAUUAUAAAACUUUUCGUUGCUCUGGUUCUGGUCAGAGGUUUAAAUUUAGAUAGUUUUUGAUUUAAGGCCGGAUUUGCGCUUUUAUUGCAUUUUGAACUUUAUUUUGAUUGAUUUUAGGUCACCUCCAGGCUCGAGUUUAUAGUAAUUAAUGAAUUUUUGCCCUGUAUAGUCUAUAAAUAAAUGAAUUUGAUAUCUGA